AUGGCCGCCACCAAGUCUUCAUGGAUCUGGGAGUCUCCACUUCUACUGGCGGCCAAAGAAAAUAACGUCCAGGUCAUCAGGAAACUGACCAUGGAAGGGUCCUGUGAUGUUUAUCAAAGAGGAGUCGUGGGGGAGACGGCUCUUCACGUAGCCGCCCUCUAUGACAACACAGAAGCGGCCGAAGCUCUCAUGGAGGUGGCUCCAGAUCUCGUCAAUGAGAGGAUGACGUCCGAACUCUACGAAGGACAAACAGCUCUGCACAUCGCUGCCGUCAAUCAGAAUGUCAACCUGGUGAAAUCCUUGCUCAGGAGAGGGGCGAACAUCUCCACUCCCCGGGCUACAGGGCUCUUCUUCCGACGCAGCCCCCAAAGUCUCUUCUAUUUCGGGGAGCAUGUUUUGUCUUUCGCAGCCUGCGUGGGAAAUGAGGAGAUUGUUAGGCUGCUGCUUAAAAACGGAGCCGAUAUCAGGGCUCAAGAUUCUCUAGGUAACACGAUCCUUCACAUUCUGAUUCUUCAGCCCAACCGGACAUUCGCCUGUCAGAUGUACAGUCUGAUACUCUCCUUUGACAAACGAAUUGGGAGCCUGGCGCCCUUGGACUUGAUCCCAAACAAUGAAGGCCUCACUCCGUUCAAGCUGGCCGGCGUUGAGGGCAACUCGGUGAUGUUCCAGCAUCUCCUGCAGAAGCGGAAGCACGUCUUGUGGUCCUUCGGCCCCGUUACCACCAUUCUCUACGAUCUCACAGAAAUUGACUCCUGGGGUGAAGACCAGCCUUUUCUAGAGCUGGUUGUGUCGACCAAGAGAAGAGAGGCCCGUCAAAUCUUAGACAUGACCCCGGUGAAGGAGCUCGUGAGCCUGAAGUGGAACACCUACGGCCGCCCUUACUUCUGUUUCCUGGCGUUGUUUUAUGUCCUCUACAUGAUCUGCUUCACCAUGUGCUGCUCGUACCGGCCUCUGAAAGACCGCCCGGACAACCAGACGGAUGACCGGGACAACACCCUCUUGGUCCAGAAAGCGCUGGAGGAAUCAUAUUUGACUUAUGAUGAUCAGCUCAGGCUGGUGGGGGAGCUGAUCACCGUGAUAGGAGCCCUGGCUAUCUUGCUGCUCGAGAUUCCGGAUGUCCUAAGGGUUGGAGUCACAAAGUAUUUUGGACAAACCAUCCUGGGCGGACCUUUCCACAUCAUCAUCAUCACGUACGCAUUUAUGAUCCUGGUGACCAUGGUGAUGCGCCUCACGAGCACGGACGGAGAGGUGGUCCCCCUGUCCUUUGCACUGGUGCUGGGUUGGUGCAAUGUCAUGUAUUUUGCACGUGGGUUUCAGAUGCUGGGGCCCUUCACCAUCAUGAUACAGAAGAUGAUAUUUGGAGAUCUUAUCCGCUUCUGUGGGCUUAUGGCGGUCGUCAUACUUGGCUUUGCAUCAGCCUUUUACGUCAUCUUCCAGACAGAAAAUCCCAAUGCCUUGGGGCAGUUCUACAGCUACCCCAUGUCGCUCUUCACCACCUUUGAGCUGUUCCUCACCAUUAUAGACGGACCCGCCAACUACGAGGUGGACCUGCCCUUCAUGUACAGUGUGGUCUACUUUGCUUUUGCCAUCAUCGCGGCUUUGCUGAUGCUCAACCUGCUGAUUGCCAUGAUGGGCGAUACCCACUGGCGCGUGGCCAAUGAGCGAGAUGAGCUCUGGCGGGCGCAGGUUGUUGCCACUACCAUCAUGCUCGAGCGGAAGCUCCCACGAUGCCUCUGGCCUCGCUCUGGUAUCUGUGGACAAGAGUAUGGGCUAGGAGACAGGUGGUACCUCAGGGUGGAAGAGCGCGUGGAUGCCAACAAGCAGAAGAUGGUUCGCUAUGCAAAGGCCUUCAAGAAGCAUGACAAGGAGGACCUUGACAAGCUGUCAGUGAAGCUGGAACCAGACGAGGGGUUUCAACUCCAAAGGGAGCUCUCUCCUUCCGUCUCGCGCAGUACAUCUCGGAGUAGCUCCCACCGUGGUUGGCAGAUACUACGGAAGAACACCUUCAGCCACCUCCGUGGAGAAGUCAACCAUGCCUUGGAAGAAGUCUACCAUGUUUGA